AUGACCUAUGAAGGUAACAGUAAUCUCGCACAUAUUCCGUGCAAAUUCUUCAAAAGUGGCGCAUGUACCGCUGGAAAAAAUUGCGUGUUUUCGCAUAGUAAAGAUCCUUCAGCAGAUAACUACGUGUGCAAAUACUAUUUGAAAGGAAACUGUAAAUAUGGAAGCAGGUGUGCUCUUUCUCAUAAUUUACCAAAUGGCAAUUCAAAAGCCAAUGGCAGAAGCAGCAAGAAUGGUGGUAAUUUGAAUGGAUCGAGAAAUGGCAUUUCAAACAAUAUUCCAGAAAUUAGAUCUCCAAUUAUGCACCCUCAAUAUAGUCAGGAUGAAUUUCAACCUUUAAAUUCUCCUGGCAUUCCUUUCUCUCGCAUUCCUAUUAGUCCUCCUGAAUAUCCAAAUAAUAACAAAUUCAGUCAAUUGACCGCUUCUCUGAAUUUGAACGAUCAACAUCCUUUUUCUGACGAAAUUCAUCCUACGCAUAGAUUACGUAAUAAUUACAGCAAUGAUCAUUUAUCCGCUCCUAUGAACAUCAAUGGUCAACAACGAAGGUCUUUACCAGAUAUCUUUCAUUUGCCGGUUAAUGCUGCUGAAUCUUUUGGAACUUCUCCGUUUCAACCAGCUGGAUCAAAAUCUAUUUUUUUACCUGUUUCAUCCUAUAUUAGCGAUAGUGGUUUCCUUUCUCCAGCCAUUACCCCUCAUCAGCAACUUCAUAGUAUCCCUGAAAUCCAUGAUUACUCUCAUCAUAAUGAUCCUAUGGCUGAUGAAUUAUGUGGUCACGAUUAUGAAGAAUGUCUUCCGUCUUCUUUAAAUGAACUAUUGACCCCAACUGAACGUGAAAGGCGUAAAAGUAAACAAGAAGAAGCUACAGAAUCAAGUGCGAGACGAUUAUUCUCCGGUUCCUCAACCUUACAUCCACAUAUUGAUGGUCCAAGUCUCUAUAACUCACACGGUGAUCCAUCUCAUGUUCAUUUCGCCGCAAGAUCCCUACCUCAUGGUGUCAGUGUGGGUUUGGCUUCCAAUUAUAUGAAUCAAAACGACGGUCAACAAUUAGGUCCUGGUUAUAAUGGACAUCUUUUCAACCUUAAUCCCGGUCAUAACAUGAGAAAUCUUAUGUCCAUAAACACGAGUUUUGUUGAAGAUUAUGAUCCACACUCUCCUUUGAGUCCUGUGAAUUCCAUGCCGCCGUUCAUUUCUCCUACUCAACAUACCCCUGCAAUAAACAUACCACCAAAGAAAGGUUCAUCAUCGAUAGCAAAAGGACUAAAUGGAUCUGGAGGUGAAGCUGUCGCUGGAUCAUGA